CUUUGGAUGUAGCUAGUGUGAGCUCCAGUGCUGCACUUGGUGAUCAGCUGAGGCCUUGUAGCCUUUUGAGAAUUGAAGAUGAGUUAUCUGCUUAAGGCUAAGAGCUGGGUGCCCACCCAGGAGAAGGCUGCAGAUCAGACUUUGGAUGAACAGCAGCGCAAGACAAAGGAGGUCCGAGAGCUCCUGGGAAGCCUGACGGCCGAGAUGCCGGCAUUCUUGACAGACGCCACCAUCCGCCGCUUCCUGCGAGCAAAGAACUGGAGCACGGAGCAAGCAGCCAAGGAUCUCAAAGAGACUGUCAAGUGGAGGCGUCAGUAUAGGCCGGAGACAAUCUGCUGGGAAGACAUUCCUGGAAGAGAAUACGAGGCUAGGAGAACAUAUAUUGCCGACUACCAUGAUAAGAAUGGAAGGACCGUCAUCAUAUCGAAACCGGCAAUGAAGAGUAAAUCAUCCACCAAAGACCAGAUAAAGUUAUUAGUGUAUAACCUGGAGAUGUUAGCCAUGCAUUCAGAAAAUGAGCAGGACGAAUGUGUUGUUUGGUUAACCGACUUCCAUGGGUGGGUGCUAACAAGUACACCGUUGCCGAUGUUCCGUGAAACCACGCACAUAGUUCAAACUUAUUAUCCAGGACUGAUGGCACGCGCAAUCGUCAGUAAUCCACCAAGGAUUUUCGAAUCAUUUUGGAAGGUAGUGAGGCAUUUCAUUGAUCCAAAAAUGAAAGACAAAGUGAAGUUUGUAUAUACCAACAAUCCAGAGAGCCACAAGAUGGUUGCUGAUAUGUUUGACUUGGACAAGCUGGAGACUGCAUUUGGAGGGAGGAGCACAGUUCCCUUAGACAUGGACAAAUAUGCAGAGAGAAUGAAACAAUGUGACCAGGCGAGAGGAGCUUUUCUUCAUACAAAUGGCUACUCAUGCUCCACCUGAUCCUGACCAGAUGGCACAAAGCUCAUACAAACGUUCAGUUUUCAUUCCAUACUGCUGGCAUAUACAGUGGCAUAAAUAAAAAAACGCUAGAUACGAUAGAAAUGACUCUCAUAUGUAUGUUUAUCAAGGAGAGAGUAAAUCUCAACCCAGAUCGGCUAGCCCACGAUCUUAUGGUACUAGCCGAAAGACCCCCGAGUCUUUCUCCAGUGGCAUAAAUCUAGGCCUUGCAUCUCAAUUUGUGUGUUUUGUGUCUUAUGUAGGAUUUUGAGAUGGCCUUGAGUAAAAACUCCAUGACAAUAUUAUGUACAUGGAAGCUAAAUAUGUAAUAACCCAAUAUUCCAGUAACCAGUAAAAGCCGAAUGAAAACAAAAUCAUGCAAUUAAUU